UAGGUGUCUUUGCUUUAUUAAGCUCAAUUGGUCUCACAUUCCAUUUUCAUAUCUUCUUCUUUGAAAGCUUGAAACAACUCUUAUUAUUUCUCAAGUUAUGGAGAAAGGAAAUACAAUGGGGAUAUCUAGGACAAAAUCAGAUCAGCUGGUGGAGUCGAUGGUGGCGGCUCUAAAGUCGCCACAAUCGAGUGAUCACUCGGCAAAUGGAGCAGUGGAAGGGAGCGGAGGAUUGUCGAGGAAGUCAAGUCGGAGGAUAACUGCGGCAUCGCCGGGGCACAGCGAAAGGAAGAACACACACAUAAGGAAAACAAGAAGUGCUCAAUUGAAGAUUGAUUUUGAUGAGUUGGGUAGCGGCGCGGCUCUUAGCCGAGCUUCAAGUGCAAGCUUGGGUCUCUCAUUUUCAUUUACUGGAUUCACUAUGCCUCCUGAUCAAAUUGGUGAUACAAAACCAUUCAGUGACGAUGAUAUGAUUCCUGAGGAUAUUGAAGCAGGAAUUAGGACAAAGACAAAGUUUCAAACAGAACCUACUCUGCCUAUAUAUCUAAAGUUCACUGAUGUGACCUACAAGGUAGUGCUGAAAGGCAUGACAUCAAGUGAAGAGAAAGACAUCUUGUAUGGGAUAAGUGGUUCUGUAAAUCCAGGUGAAGUUUUGGCAUUGAUGGGUCCCUCAGGAAGUGGAAAGACAACUCUUUUAAAUCUCCUUGGAGGAAGGCUAACUCAGCACACAGUUGGUGGUUCUAUCACUUACAAUGACCAAUCAUAUUCCAAGUUCCUUAAAAGCAGGAUAGGAUUUGUGACACAAGAUGAUGUUUUGUUUCCUCACCUGACUGUGAAAGAGACGUUAACAUACGCAGCCCGGUUAAGACUUCCAAAGACAUUCACUAAGGAGCAAAAGGAAAAAAGAGCUUUAGAUGUCAUCUAUGAGCUUGGCUUGGAGAGGUGCCAAGAUACUAUGAUUGGUGGUUCAUUUGUUCGCGGAAUAUCUGGUGGAGAGAGGAAAAGAGUUUGUAUUGGAAAUGAGAUCAUAAUCAACCCUUCUAUUCUGUUUCUUGAUGAACCAACAUCUGGUUUGGAUUCAACAACCGCGUUGAAGAUUGUUCAGAUGCUGCAAGACAUAGCAGAGGCGGGUAAAACAGUUGUAACAACAAUUCACCAACCGUCAAGUAGACUCUUCCACAAGUUUGACAAGUUGAUCCUUCUUGGGAAAGGGAGUUUGCUUUACUUUGGAAAAGCAUCAGAAGCAAUGAAUUACUUCCAAUCUAUAGGAUGUACACCGCUUAUUUCCAUGAAUCCAGCAGAGUUUUUGCUAGACCUUGCUAAUGGAAACAUAAAUGAUGUUUCCGUACCAUCAGAGUUGGAGGAUAAAGUGCUAAUUGGAAAUGCAGAAGUUGAAAAAUAUAAUGGAAAACCAUCACCAGCAGUAGUCCAUGAGUAUCUGGUGGAGGCAUAUGAAUCUCGAGUUGCGGAAACAGAGAAGAGAAAAAUAAUGGUUUCUGUACCUCAAGAUGAAGCUUUGAAGGAUAAAGUAUGUCCACAAAGACAAUGGGGAGCAAGGUGGGAUGAGCAAUUUUCCAUACUUUUUUGGAGAGGAAUCAAAGAAAGGAGGCAUGACUAUUUUAGCUGGUUGAGAAUCACACAAGUUUUAUCCACUGCAAUCAUCUUAGGAUUACUCUGGUGGCAAUCAGAUGCUAAGAACCCAAAAGAUCUGCAAGAUCAGGCAGGACUCCUUUUCUUCAUUGCUGUGUUCUGGGGAUUCUUUCCGGUUUUUACUGCAAUAUUUACAUUUCCUCAAGAGAGAGCCAUGUUGAAUAAAGAACGCGCAGCAGAUAUGUACAGAUUAAGCGCAUACUUCCUUGCUAGAACUACAAGUGACCUUCCAUUAGACCUGAUAUUACCGGUGCUUUUUCUCCUCGUUGUUUACUUCAUGGCUGGUCUGAGACUAAGCACUGCCCCCUUUUUCCUCACCAUUCUUACUGUUUUCCUCUGCAUCAUUGCAGCUCAGGGUCUUGGACUUGCUAUCGGUGCUACGCUUAUGGACUUGAAAAGAGCAACAACUCUAGCUUCGGUAACUGUGAUGACCUUCAUGCUUGCUGGAGGAUUUUUUGUCCAGAAAGUACCAAUAUUCAUUUCAUGGAUACGCUACAUGUCUUUCAACUACCACACUUACAAGCUGUUGCUCAAAGUGCAAUAUGAACAUCUCACACCUGUCAUAAAUGGAGUCAAAAUUGACAGUGGUUUGACAGAAGUAGCUGCACUGAUUGCCAUGGUUUUCGGUUACCGUUUCUUGGCAUAUCUUUCGUUGCGGCGAAUGAAACUUCAAUAGAGGUUAAAAAUAUUCAGGAAAAAUGCUUCAUAUCUGCAUGAGUAAUUUUAAAUGAAGACUCACAUGCAGGCAAUAUGGCAGGGCUGAAACUUCUGGCCUUAUUUUUGUUCAAUCAUGUGUAUAUUGUAUUUCAUUUAGCAUGUUGAAAUGCAACAAUGCAUAUAUGAUAUAUGUUAUAGUAGACACAUUAGUAUCUUGAGAGGUUUUUUUUUUGUGGAAACUACUUAACUCUUGAAAAUGCUUCAAUGACUAAAGCUUUGUAACUGCUAUAGUGGAAUUAGAGAGGAUAAUUUUCUUGCUACAUAUUAUUAGUCAAACUUAAGUGUAAGCCGAAUUUGACAGCAAUAAUGAUAAUGAUGGCAGUAUUAAGAAGGAA